AUGCCUUGUUCAUGGAGAUCCGAUGAGUUGGUUUUCUUUGUGAACGGGAAGAAGGUAAUAGAAAGGAAUGUGGACCCAGAAGUCACGCUGCUGACCUUCCUACGAAUGAACUUACGCCUCACAGGGACCAAGUAUGCCUGCGGAGGAGGAGGCUGCGGCGCCUGCACUGUGAUGGUGUCUGAGCAUGAUCCAGACUCCAAGAAAAUCAGACACUUCUCUGUCACCGCAUGCUUGGUACCCAUCUGUUCUCUGUAUGGAGCGGCCGUCACCACUGUGGAAGGUGUAGGAAGUAUCAAAACCAGGCUUCACCCUGUGCAGGAAAGAAUUGCUAAGAGCCAUGGCACCCAGUGUGGAUUCUGUACCCCUGGGAUGGUGAUGUCCAUGUACACACUGCUCAGGAACUACCCUCAGCCCUCGGAGGAGCAGCUCAUGGAAGCACUGGGGGGAAACUUAUGUCGCUGCACUGGCUAUCGACCAAUUCUCGACAGUGGGAAGACCUUCUGUGUGGAGUCCAGUGGCUGUCCACAGAAAGGAACAGGAAAAUGCUGCUUGGACCGGGGAGAACAUGAUUCUUCCUCACUCAACAAGGAAAGUGACAUUUGCACAGAAUUAUUUGUGAAAGAAGAGUUCCAGCCCUUGGAUCCUACCCAGGAGCUCAUAUUUCCUCCAGAACUCUUGAGAAUGGCUGAGAGGCCAGAAAAAGAAACCCUGACCUUUCAUGGAGAAAGGGUUACUUGGAUCUCCCCUGGGACCCUCAAGGAUCUCUUGGCACUGAAAGUGAAGUACCCUAGUGCUCCUCUUAUCUUGGGAAACACCUCCCUGGGACCUGCAAUGAAAUCUCGAGGGCACUUUCACCCAAUUGUCCUUUCCCCUGCAAGGAUUCCUGAGCUGCGUAUGGUGUCUGAAACAAGUGAUGGUCUGACAAUAGGUGCUGGCUGCAGUCUGGCCCAAGUGAAGGACAUCUUAACUGAGAAGAUUUCCAAGCUCCCAGAGGAGAAGACUCAGACAUACCGAGCCCUACUGAAGCAUCUGAAGACUCUGGCAGGACAGCAGAUUCGGAAUAUGGCAUCCUUAGGGGGACAUAUUAUAAGCCGGCAUGGCUACUCGGAUCUGAAUCCAAUUUUGACUGUGGGCAACGCUACCCUGAACCUGCUAUCAGAAGAAGGCUCACGGCAGAUUCCUCUGAAUGACCAUUUCCUUGCGGGCUCAGCAAGUGCAGACCUUAAGCCAGAGGAAAUUCUGGAAUCAGUAUUCAUCCCUCAUUCUCAAAAGUGGGAAUUUGUGUCAGCCUUCCGACAGGCUCCGUGCCAACAAAAUGCUGUGGCCGAUGUGAAUGCUGGCAUGCGAGUCCUGUUCAAAGAAGGCACAGAUGCCAUUGAGGACCUGAGCAUAGCCUACGGAGGGGUGGGGGCAGCCACGGCCAGUGCACACAAGACCUGCCAGCAGCUCCUAGGAAGGCGAUGGAACAAAGUGAUGCUGGACGAGGCUUGCAGGCUGCUUCUGGACGAAGUCUCCCUCCCUGGCUGGGCUCCCGGGGGAAGGGUGGAGUUCAAGAGGACCCUGCUGGUCAGCUUCCUCUUCAAGUUCUACCUAGAGGUUCUGCUAGAGCUGAAGAAGCUAGAGAAGCUGCCCUUCAUGAUUGACAGCAGCCGUUAUCCUGAUGUAUCAGAGAAAUAUCUAAGUGCUCUAGAAGAUUUCCCGAUAACAGUACCCCAAGGAGUCCAAAGGUACCAGAGUGUGGAUUCUCAGCAACCUCUCCAAGAUCCAGUUGGACGCCCUAUCAUGCACUACUCAGGUCUUAAACAUGCCACUGGUGAAGCUGUAUUUUGUGAUGACCUCCCCAAGGUGGAUAAAGAACUUUUCAUGGUUUUGGUGACCAGUACCAGAGCCCAUGCCAAAAUCAUAUCAAUUGAUUUUUCUGAGGCCCUUGAACUGCCAGGGGUGGCUGAUGUAGUAACAGCUGAGGACAUUCCAGGCACUAAUGGUGUUGAAGGAGACAAAUUAUUGGCUGUAAAUGAGGUGUUUUGUGUGGGCCAGAUCAUCUGUGCUGUUAUUGCAGAGACAGAGAUACAAGCUAAGAGAGCAAUUGAGAAGGUAAAAGUUACAUAUGAAGAUGUGGAGCCAGUUAUCUUCAGCAUUGAGGAUGCCAUCAAACACAACUCAUUUCUAUGCCCUGAGAAAAAGCUUGAACAAGGGAACAUUGAGGAGGCAUUUAAAAAUGUUGAUCAAAUUGUUGAAGGAGAGGUCCAUGUGGGAGGACAAGAACACUUCUACAUGGAAACACAAAGGGUGCUUGUGGUUCCAAAGAUAGAGGACAAAGAACUGGACGUGUAUGUGUCAACACAGGAUGCAGCCCAUGUGCAGAAAAUAGUGUCCUCCACUUUAAACAUCCCCCUCAACAGGGUCACAUGCCAUGUAAAGCGCGUAGGUGGAGGCUUUGGUGGGAAGGUGGUAAGACCGUCUGUUUUUGGAGCUAUUGCAGCUGUUGGUGCUUUCAAAACUGGUCAUCCCAUUCGGCUUGUUCUUGAUCGUGAAGAUGAUAUGCUAAUAACUGGGGGAAGACACCCAUUGUUUGGAAAAUAUAAAGUGGGAUUCAUGAACAGUGGGAGAAUCAAAGCCCUGGACAUUGAGUGCUUCGUUAAUGGAGGGUGCUCACUCGAUGAGUCGGAGCUGUUAAUAGAAUUUCUUAUAAUGAAGCUUGAAAAUGCAUAUAAAAUCCGCAACAUCCGAUUGAGGGGCCGUGCCUGUUUGACGAACUUACCAUCCAAUACAGCCUUUCGAGGAUUUGGAUUCCCUCAAGGAACCCUGGUAACAGAAUCCUGCAUCACAGCAGUUGCAGCCAAAUGUGGCCUUCUCCCUGAAAAGAUUAGGGAGAAAAAUAUGUACAAAACUGUUGAUAAAACCAUCUACAAGCAAGCAUUCAACCCUGAGAACCUGAUAAGAUGUUGGAAUGAAUGUCUGGAUAAGUCUUCCUUUCAUAGCAGAAGAAAGGAAGUGGAAGAGUUCAACAAGAAAAACUAUUGGAAGAAGAAAGGCAUUGCUAUUGUCCCCAUGAAAUUUUCAGUUGGCUUUGCUGCAACAAGCUAUCAUCAGGCAGCUGCCCUUGUUCACAUCUACACGGAUGGAUCCGUCCUGGUCACACAUGGCGGCAAUGAAUUGGGACAAGGAAUUCACACCAAAAUGCUACAGGUGGCCAGCCGUGAGUUAAAAAUCCCCAUGUCUCAUAUGCACAUCUGUGAGACCAGCACAGCCACGGUGCCCAACACAAUCGCUACUGCAGCAUCUGUCGGCGCAGAUGUCAAUGGCAGGGCCGUCCAGAAUGCUUGUCAAAUCCUUCUGAAACGCCUUGAACCCAUCAUUAAGAAAAACCCAGAGGGCACAUGGGAAGACUGGAUAGAAGCUGCCUUUGAACAGAGAAUUAGUCUUUCAGCCACUGGAUACUACAGGGGCUACAAGGCCUUCAUGGACUGGGAGAAGGGUGAAGGAGACCCUUUUCCGUACUAUGUCUAUGGAGCUGCCUGUUCUGAGGUUGAAAUUGACUGCCUCACAGGAGCUCAUAAGAAAAUCAGAACAGACAUUGUCAUGGAUGCAAGUUGCAGCCUCAAUCCAGCCAUUGAUAUUGGGCAGGUGGAAGGUGCAUUUAUUCAGGGAAUGGGCCUUUAUACUACUGAAGAACUCCAAUAUUCCCCAGAAGGCGUCCUGUACUCUCGAGGCCCAGAUGAGUACAAGAUCCCCACCAUCACUGACAUCCCAGAAGAAUUCAAUGUCUCCCUAUUGCCAUCAUCCACCACCCCAAUAACCAUCUAUUCUUCCAAGGGCCUGGGUGAAUCCGGGAUGUUCCUGGGUUCCUCUGUGUUCUUUGCCAUCAUGGAUGCAGUGGCAGCAGCACGAAAAGAGAGGGAUGGAGGUGAAGACUUCACAGUCAGGAGCCCUGCUACCCCAGAGCAGGUGCGAAUGGCCUGUAUGGACCGGUUCACAGAAAUGAUUCCAAGAGAUGACCCUAAAACAUUUAAGCCUUGGUCUAUCCCUAUAGCAUAACACUGCUAUGUCUCAAAAAAGGGUGUUUCAGUUUUUCACUUGUGAAAAGGUGGCUUAUUAACC